AUGACGGAAAGCGGCGGCGGCGUGCGUGUCGACCCGCAAGUCUGUGUGGUUGUCACGCCGACCGCCCUGUACGCUACCGUAGGCAAGGCCAUUGCAACGCUCAUGAAGUCGCGUCCCAUGCAGCCAUGCAGCGGCAUCCUGCGCGAUCAUGGCGUGCAGUGGGAUUUCCCCACCUACGGCGGCAUCUACGGAAUUAUGGUGGUGACGGCUUCAUCCCCUAGGGGCCAAUGGGGCGGCAUGCUCUUUGCUGCCGUAGCCGCCAUCAGCAUCCUAAGUCUUUCCGGCGCUGUCAGCGCUGUACCGGUUCAGGACACAGAUGUGACGGGCUCAGCUGCAGAGCGCCAUUGGCGCCGGGAGCUACUGUUUGGCAACAUAACAAGCUCCAGACGGCCGUCAUUCGUUGUGUAUAUCACCACGUUCUGCGGGCACAACCAAGCGGCGGAUAAGACUGCGGAGGAUGUUAGGAGACUCUUCUUCGGAUCCGGAGAUUCCCGUGGCCGUAACAUGCAGAACUAUAUCGGCAAUUGCUCGUACGGGCAAAUCCAGAUUGGGGACCUCGCGGUGUUGGGACCCGUGGAAAUUCCGUGCAAUGAACCACUGGACAUGAGAUUUGCUCCUGUCGCGGCCUAUCCAGGCGGCAAUAACGUCACCUCGACUUUCUGUGACGGCGUGAGCUCACUUAAAUGGCAAACUUAUCUGGAAGCUUACGCUUUGACGAGGGGCGUCAUCGCGCGUGACUUCCAGCACAGGGUCAUGAUCCUGCCUAGGGGUACCGAUAAGAUACCAGGCUGCGCUGGACCCCUGGGGUGGGCGGAUACAGACCCGUGGAUUUUUAGUGAUAAGAACCCCUAUGGCAGCUCUAUAAUGUUCUUGAAAGCCGAGGCUUUCGAGACUUUGGAACUUUGGCUGCACGAGGCCGGGCACAACAUGCGCAUGCAGCAUGCAAGCGUUCCGAACUUUUGUUCAGCGGGAGAUCAAUGUGACUAUACGUGCACGAUGGGGUUUAAGGACGGCCAAGGAAUACGCUGCUUGAACGCGCCGCACAACUGGCAGCCUCUGCUUCUCCACAGAAGCGGCGACCUCCUUCGCCGUUGUUACGCCUCGUCUAUGCGAAUCCUCCUCAUCCGACUGUGUCUUCUGCCUACCCGGAAUAUCGUUGAUAUUGCAAUCGUGUCAUAUCGUAGUUUCCUCGAGGGCAUAUCACGAAACCUGCUCAUCCGCCGAUCGGUACCUUUCUGA